CCCACAGGAGGGAGACGGUGCUGAGCACAUCAUGGCCACCAGUCAGAAUGCUCGGCCACCCCGCGCCCCUCCCCAGCUGCACAGUGACCUGAGAGAAGCGCAGAGCUUCGAUGGUGCCACCAGUGCCGGCGGCAGGGAGCGACUCUCAGCCCCUCCGAGUCCUUCCAUAAAUGUUGCAAACCCACUUUGCAACUCCAGGAACUGUUGCAAGCCCAGGAACUGCAGCACCCACAAGUGUCCCCACAAGCUGGGGCAGACUCUGUCCAGGGCAGAAGCAUCCACCAGGACCCAGGGCACUUUCACCAAAGUCACCUCCCCUACCCGGCCGACGGAACAGCAGGCAGGAAGAGUCUUAACCGAAGAAUCACCCCGGUCCCCUCCCCACCUCAACCUGUCCCUCUCCACUAGCUCGGCGCUACCCCCUCCCCGCAGCUUAGGCGCCCUAAUUACUAUCAGAAAUAAGGUGUGCGUGCGCGUGUGGGUGCAGACACAUGGACUUUCUGGACAGUCGAGUCCACCUACAGAAAAACAAUGAUCAAGGAUGGGAUUUUACGUUAUCCCUUUCACGUGGAGGUAAAACCUGCGGUGAAGAGUUUCUCUCUCAGAGGAAACACCUCCACUGAGCGGUCCGCAGUGGGCAGCAGCAAACCCUCGCAGGUAAGACUUUAAAUCCUCCUUGGUGUGCAAACCACACCUCCAGAGAGAGGGAGCCGCGGGCUUUUGGCAGCCAUGCAAGCAUUUCAACGCCAACUGCGAGAGGCCACGCGCUUCCCGCCCCAUCCAGCGGCAGCAAUUCCUGCUUCGCAAAGAAAACCCAAGCAUCCUUGCUUCAAAACGCGCUCUUUCGGAUGCACCGCCUUCCCUCCGCCCCCAGCAGUGAUCUGACCUGAUCCUGCAAAGCCUGAAGACCCCUCUUGCCCAGGCAGGAUCAGGUGGAGUACAGUGUGACCUGGGGGAAAGAUUACCUGCUGGCAUCCUGUACCAGCAAAUGCCCUAGGACCUGAUCCAGCCUCCUGCCUAAGCGACCGCGACAUUUGGUGGCCCGUACGGGGACUGAUCACCCCCGAGACGUGAAGUGGACAACGCUCCAGUACAGAGCUGCGAGACAGGUGAGUUGGGGAUAAGCCUGGGCUCUGGGUGGCGCGCACCUACAGGGCUUUUAGACUCCCCUCAGGCUCACGCGUAAGUGGCGGAUUCCUUGGGCCUCACGCGGUGAGUAACAUAUUAAAAAAUGGGAAACAUGCUAGGUAGCGGCACUAAGAGCGAGGGUGGUUGUGGAGAAAGCUCUCAAGAGCUUACAAAAGUACGCAGGGUAUCUGAGCAGGCCCAGUCAGGGAGCUCCCGAGAGGUGUCCGUCAAGGGGAACAAGGAUGCUAAGGAGGAGGACGGGGCUCUAGCCUCGGAGUCGUCUGACUCCGAGGACGAGGGAAAGUUGAAUGGCAGGGAGGCCAAAGAGACCAGCUGUCAGGAGCCUAAGUCGCUCAAUAAGGAGUCGCAGGGUUCUUUUCCAGCGUUGCCCCGCGAAUUGCGCUCUGCUCAACCUGGUCUGCGGAGGAGUAGAGAGCUCCUGAGUGCGCCCCGGCGCGAGAGGGAGGCAAAGCCUUCCGCCCCACCUCGGGGGCCGUUUCCGGAGGCGAUUCCUCGCCACGAGGCGGCCGCCUGGGAGCCCCCCCCCCUUUCGCCAGAACAGGAAGUGAUGCACGGGCCCCCAUUUUCCGCCCAAUCACGGCCGCCGUCUUAUGCUCCGCCGCAGGCGGGUCGGUAUUUUCACAGGCGGCUUUGGCAGGGGGGACGCUUGUCUCAUGAGGUACAUCCACCUGGGAUAGAUAGUGACCCCUACGAGAUAUUUCCUGUACAAGUAGCUAUGGGCCAGGGACGCAAUGUAUGGGAGCCUUUUGAGAUAAAGCAGAUUAGAGAGCUUAAAAAUGCAGUUACAACUUUUGGGCCGACUGCGCCUUACACCAUUGCCAUGCUGGAGAAUCUGUCUUCUGGGCCCCUCACCCCCGCGGACUGGAUUCAGCUAGCAAAGGCGUGUCUGCCCUCGGGUAGUUACCUGGAUUGGCGAGCCUGGUAUGCAGAGUUCUCUGCAGAGCAGGCUGAGAAAAACGCCAAUCGAGGAAACCGGGGGUGGAACAAAGAAAUGCUUAUGGGAGAAGGUCGGCACGCUGAUGAUCAGACGCAGUUCCCCGGCGCUGUCUAUGAACAAAUCAAUGCCAUAGGGCUCCGCGCCUGGAAGCAAGUAAGUGGUGCCGGAACAGCCUCCUUGUGUCUUUCAAAAAUAAUUCAGGGUACCACAGAGCCAUUUGUUGACUUUGUGGCCCGAAUGCAAGAUGCUGCCGAUAAGAUAUUUUCUGAUCCGGGAGUGGCUCGACCGCUGGUAAGGCAGCUGAUUUUCGAACAGUGUACAAAGGAGUGCAAGGCAGCGAUAGCUCCUCAUAAGAACAAGGACCUCAAUGCCUGGAUUAGGAUAUGCAGAGAGAUAGGGGGGCCGCUCUCUAACUCGGGAGUGGCUGCUCUCCUGGCCGCGGCUGUACAGCAGAGGGGACCUCGCGGGUCAGGAGGGGAAUGUAAGGCUAAAGGGUGUUUUGCCUGCGGGGAGCCAGGACACAUUAAACGUCACUGCCCAAACAAUGCAGAUGCUAGGCCUCGUCCUAGGAAUGAAGAGCCAUAUGUUUGUGGGCGAUGCAAGAAGGGAUCACACAGAGCUGAGGAGUGUAGGUCAGGUUUUGAUGCUCAGGGCAACCGUAUUUGUGGACAAGAUGCUAGAGAGCCAAAAAACGGCCAGAGGGGGCCCCCUUCACAGGCGGGCCCCCGCCCCAGAGACAGGACAGCUCAGGGUGGCAGCCUUCAACAAGGGCCACCCCUGGGUCAGCAGGUGUGGACCUCAGUGUCGCCUCAGGACUUAUAUUAGUGCCUGAUAUGGGUGUUCAAGUGGUUGAAACCACUUUUAAGGGACCGUUACCCAAAAAUUCCGUGGGUCUGGUGAUCGGGAGAUCCUCCACGGCCCUUCAGGGUCUCACAGUAGUCCCGGGGGUCAUAGACUCAGACUACACAGGACAUAUUAAAAUUAUGGUUCAAUCUCUUGUGGGUACUAUGGUAAUCAAUAAAGGAGACAAGAUGGCGCAGCUCUUGCUGCUCCCCAGUCUCCACAAGAGAUUUCCCUCAAAGCAGAAAAUUAGAGAAAGUCAAGGUUUCGGUUCCUCAGGGGAAGUCUUUGAGGGACUCCAUAUGACACUUGGUAAAAGGCCUAUGCUCUCACUUAAGGUCAAUGGCAAAAAUAUAACAGGGCUCCUAGACACAGGAGCUGACCGUUCCAUUAUCUCCAGAAAGGAUUGGCCUUCCAACUGGCCCACCAACACUGCAGAUAACACGCUGCAGGGCCUGGGGAUGGUGUCAGCUCCUCAGGUUAGUGCUUCAACCCUGCUCUGGUGCGAUGAGGAGGGUCAUCAGGGCCAUUUCCAACCGUUUGUGUUGCAGUUGCCAGUGUCUCUAUGGGGAAGGGACAUCCUCACUCAGAUGGAUGUCACGCUUACGUCAAACUGCUCCCCCCAGGCUAAGGAUAUACUCAGGAACCAGGGAUAUACCCCCGGCAAAGGCUUGGGCAAUGCCCUGCAGGGUCGGACAUCCCCAAUACCAGUAGAGAACAAAAAAGGUAGGCAAGGAUUGGGUUUUUCUUAGGGGCCGCUGAAGAAGCUCUCCUACCCACUUCGAUCAAAAUCACCUGGAGAUCAAAUGAUCCGGUUUGGGUACCUCAGUGGCCCCUGCCUAAGGAGAAGCUAUUAGCCUUGUCAAAAAUAGUCAGUACACAACUUAGAUUAGGACACAUUAACAUUGUCUCCGAUUCUAGGUAUGUGGUCAAUGCUAUGCAAGUGCUUGAGACUGCCGGUUUAAUUAGAUCCACUUCCACAGUGGCUGGGCUGUUCCUGUCUAUCCAGACAUUGCUUCAGAACAGGCACCAUAAGGUCUUCACCACCCACAUAAGAGCACAUACAUCCCUGCCAGGGCCUAUGGCACAGGGAAAUGCAGCUGCUGACACUGCCACUCGCCCGUUAUGGAUUUUUACCUUACUAACACCAAUCGAGCGAGCCCGUGCCUUCCAUGUUAAGUUUCAUGUCAAUGCCAGGACACUAGCAAACCAUUUCCAUGUUUCCAGAGCAGAUGCACGAGAUAUCGUGCGACUAUGUGACUCCUGUGCCACAUAUAAACCUGCCAUACCGAUGGGAGUAAACCCUCGAGGUUUGAUCCCUGGUGAUGUUUGGCAGAUGGACAUCACACAUAUACAGGAGUUUGGGACUCUUAAAUAUGUUCAUGUUUCCACAGACACCUGUUCUCACGUCAUAUUUACAACAACAAAAACAGGUGAAAAAGUGUCUAAUGUGAUCAAUCAUUGCCUGGCGGCUUGGGCCGCAUGGGGCAAACCAAAGAUAUUAAAAACUGAUAAUGGACCAGCCUAUAUAGGCAAAGCUUUCAAUGAGUUCUGCAAAAUGAUGGAGGUUCAAUUAAAACAUGGUAUCCCAUACAAUCCCCAAGGUCAAGGAAUCAUUGAGAGGGCUCAUAGAAGCCUCAAAGAAAUUUUACAAAAACAAAAAGGGGGAGUAGGCCAAGGCCUGGCCCCAAAGGCACGAUUAUCCAUGGCACUAUUCACACACAAUUUUUUAAAUUUAAAUAAUGAUAAUCGCUCCCCAGCUGUGGAGCACUGCAACCCUUCCCCCAACCAUAAAGGGUGGGUGAAGUGGAAAGAUGUCCUGACAGGACAAUGGAUGGGCCCGGAUCCAGUGGUCAGCUGGAACCGAGGCGCGGUUUGUGUUUUCCCACAGGAACCGGGACGAGAACCACUGUGGAUACCGGAGAGACUGACACGGACAACAAAGCCCUCGACUAAAGAUCAGACCUGCCCUACUGGAGAUCCAUCACAGACCAACCAACAA